AUGUAUCGUGCCCGCGGCGGUGACCGCGGGCGGGGACGUGGGGGGAGAGCAGGGGGCGGUGGCGGGCGGGGCAGAGGCGGAAGGGGUCGCGCGGAGGGAGGAGGAGCCGGGCGAAAAAGAGCGCGGAACGAGUUAAUUGACGACGGGGAGCGGGAAGAGUCGUUUUUCGCGCGGGCGGAGGAGGCGGCGGAAGAGGACGCGGAGAUCGGGUCGGACGGGGAGGAGGGGGAUGCGCGCUUGGCGGAGAGCGCGGAGGCGAAGCGCCUGCGCAUUGCGCGGUCGUACCUGUCGGAAGUGAAGCGGGCAGCGGCUCUGGCCGCGCGGGAGAAGGCGGACGAAGAGGCGGAAGAGGCGGAGGAUAGAAGCGGGGAAGGGGAGAGUGAAGAUGAGGAGGAGGCGGAGGAGGGGGAUGGAGACGAAGAGGGGGAGGAGGAAGGGGACGAGGGUUUAAAAGAGGAGCAGGACGCAUUAAUAGCUGCCCGAUUAAAGCAAGACGCGCUAGAAGAGAGCGGCAGAGUGAUCCGGCGAAUCGCGACCCGAUUUAUCCCGUCCACGUCAGCAUCGCCAGGGCAGCCAGUGGGUCGCAGACACAAGCAGUCGGUGACAGGUGUCGCGCUCUCAUUGGACGACAGAACGGGCUUCGCGGUGUCAAAAGACGGACUAAUAGUGGGCUGGGACAUCGAGUCGGGAACGAGCUUUAAGUUCCCCUGGCCCGAAAACUCAAACCCCAACUCCCGGUCGGAUGGGGGCGCGGGGGCGGGUGGCGGAGGCGGAGGCGGAGGCGGAGGGGGGAAUAAGGGGAAGGGGAAGGGGGGGAAGAGCAGCCGGCACGUGCUGAGCGUGAGUGUGAGCGACGACGGGCGGUACCUGGCGGCGGGGGGGCUGGACCGCAUGGUGCACCUGUGGGACGCGCGCACGCGCGCGCACGUCAAGUCCUUUGCCGGCCACAGGGGGGCGGUCAUGUCGCUCGCCUUCCGGCCGGCAUCGCUCGACCUCUUCUCCGCGUCCGCCGACCGCAGCAUCAAGCUGUGGAGCUGCGCUGACGUGGCGUACAUGGAUUCGCUGUUCGGCCACCAGGCGGAGAUAGUGGCGCUACAGGCGCUCAGGCACCCACAGAGGGUCGUGUCCGUGGCGAGAGAUCGGACCUGCCGGCUCUGGAAGGUACCCGAGGAGACACAGCUGGUGUUCCGAGCGCCGGCGCCCUCGUGCCUGGACUCGUGUGCCUUCCUCUCGCCCUCCUCCUUCAUCACGGCAGAUGCAGCCCCUGACGCUGCGCCGUUUGCCUCCGCUGCCGCUGCUGCUGCUGCUGCUGCUGCUGCUGCUGCUGCUGCUGCUGCUGCUGCUGCUGCUGCUGCUGCUGCUCCGUCUGUCUCAGCAGCAGCGGCAGCAGCGAGUGCAGUGCAGUCGUGGGUGGGGGCUGUUGCCGUGGCGCCCGGCUCUGACCUGGCAGCCAGCGGGGCGGGCGACGGCAUUCUCAGGCUGUGGCAUUGCGACACGUCAGCGAACCGGCUGCGCCCCGUGGGGUCACUGCCAACGGUGCGUUGCAUUGGCUGGCUGGACUGGCAUUACCAGAUCACGUCCACCGCUCACCCCCAUUCCCCACGUCAACCCUUCCCACGUUUCCCCUUUUCUUCCCCUCUUCCCCUAAACCACACCCCUCCCUUGCCUUUCUCACUGUUUUUCUUUCCCACUAACACUUAUCUGAAUCCAUGCUCUGCUGUUUGCGGCUUCUAG